CUGUUGUUGUAGACUAUGACUGUUGUUACUUAUCUGAUUUCAAUGAAUUACACUCAACUCUGUUUUUAUUGGGUCUGAAGGUUUUUUUUUUUCGUUUUUUUUUUUUCAUUUUGAGGCCUGCUAAGAGUUGCUAUUCAGGCAGUCGACAGGUCUGACAGAUUUUCUGUGUGAAGUGAACUGUUGAUCUCUCUGUUGAAGAAUAUCAGCCUUCCGGAAUAACCAGAAAGCAGAGCUCCUCAGGGAAGAGCGACUGUGGCACAAUCGCUGAAUAGGUGUUAAACUUUGAUAAUGAGCUUUAAGUGGACAUUUUAUUGUCCCGGUUUGUGUCUGCAUGGUUAAAUAAGCCUGUCAUGCCAGUGCAGGCAGCAUAUCCCGCUUUUAUCCCGUCAAGAACAUCCAGCACCUGAGUUGUGCACCUCCAUUGUGAGCAGGCAUGUCGAUGGAUCAUUAAAGGGGAAGUUGGUGAAGUGUCAGAGAGUGUUUGGCUUCACAGUGGCUGACCGCGCACAAAGCUGCUUGUCAGUAGGGAGUCUCUGACCUUUUGCUUUUUUCCCCUCGCUUCUACCCAUCUUAUAUUUAUGCUGUGCAUUAUUUUCCUUCUUUGCAUCCCUCUCUUGUUUCAGCUCCAUUAUUACCCAUCUCUUUGUAUAUUUGUGUGAGAGGUUAGGAAACCAGUGGUGGUUCUCUCUAGAUCUCAGUGUGUCUAUACAUCCGGUCUCUGCAAAGUCUUGAGCCCAGAUCACUUCACAAGCUGAUUUAUACAAAUUCUGUGGUGCUCUAAUCUGACAAUCAAGGCUGAAAUUUCUAUUACAGCUCUUUGGAGGGCAAAUAUACUGAAAAUUUGUUAUUUAAUAGCUUUUUGAGUUCUUUUCUGGUUUCUAGUGGUCAACUGAUAGGGGUUUUCCAAUGACUGAUGUGUGGUCUGUAUCGUAAUGCAGUUUUGACAGUGGAAAGCUGAAAAGAGAAGUAAAUGAUCACUUAUUUUAUGAAUUAAUUUUUUUUUUCAUUGAUAAAGCUGUUGGGAUUUUCCAAUUAAUGCAAGGAAGUUAUAAUACUUCCAUUAUUUGUCCAAAUGAGCAUUGUUUUAAAGUGGCCAAGUAUCAUCAAAUUAAUUGGCCUGGCCAAUAUAUUGAUCGCUCCUUUACUCCUUUCUAUAUCAAGGCUGAGACUACUUUUGUCUUCAUAUAAAAUUAUUAUGUGUUUGAACUUGGAGUUGUUUUAGAGAGGAGUGCCAUUGUAUUUUUGGUCAUCCGUCAUAUUUUUACAUGGAUAAUUUUGUUAACUUUAACAGCAUUGAGUCAAAUGCAUCUAUAGACUAUCAGUUGCACGAUGCAGAAAAAGUUUAAGAGUUGUGCUGAGAACUUCUGCUGAAACCUUUGAGCACUGAUGGACGGACAACCUCGUGAUGUUAUUUCCCAUAGGCUAGGUUUUUAUUCAUACUUUGACCUCUUCUGUUUGGGUCUGCAUUGUUUCAUGUGUCCUAUUGAGCCGGGGUUUGAUGAGAGAGAGAGAGAGAGAGAACAAUAGCUUGUUAAGUGAGUUUUUCAGGGCUCGCCACAACAUCAAUGAAAUCAAACAGAGCAGGCCAGAGAAGCUCACGCUGAUAAAUGCAUUCGAUCAUUGCGGCUGUCCAUCAAAUCAUCUUCACGCUUUGAGUGCGUCGUGUUCAGCCGCUUGUGUUUGGAGUCAAAGAGCUCAGUGUUUUGGGGCCCUGUCAGAAAUAUGAAAUGUAAUUUUGUCUGUAAAGAUCUUAAAACUUCUAAAACAUGUUAGAUUACUUUGUAAAUCUUUGUAAGGUUUGAAAAUGCAUGCUUAUUUGUAGUAAAGUUUUGUUGCUGUGUUUUUGCUCAUAAUGUUUAGGAGCACUGAAGACCUGCUAUUAAAAAAAACCCUGUAACAGCAUGUUAUCUUCUCCAAAAUGGUUUCCUUUUUAAACUUUAAAUACUUUUGAUCACUGUCUCUAAGCAGUGCAUAUGUCAAAAGUUAGAAAAAUGCACUUUUUUUUGCUGUCUUAAAUGUUUACUACAUUGCACAUAUUUUUAUAGAUCCAUCUUAAGUCAUUACAGAAGCCUUCUAUAAAUAAUCCCUAAUCGCAAGUUAUCUUGUCCGAAAUGGUAAAAACUAUCCUGCACGUGAGAGGUGGCAACUGGAAAGUGCCAUGAGACUUUCUCUCUUCAUCUACAUAUUGCCAAAAACCUCCAGAUUUUGUUCCACCUACCCUCUUUACCAUGAGAUGAUCUCAGACCCACAGCGGAAAUUAGACAGACCUCCAUUAGAACAUUAGAACAGGGAAAUUUCAGCACACAAUCUGACAGCCGCCCAUCAAAACGAGCAUCCCUCUCUGUCUUUUGUCACAACAGUGAACUCAGACACUUUAGAAUGUGUGAGCCCAGUCCACCUGCUCUUCAUCCCCAAGCCAAAGGCAAUGUGACCAUGGUGGGUGUUGGUAUCAAGCUUGAAGACGACGAAUCAGGAGGUAGAGUCAUCAACCGAGAAUCCCAGCACUCCUCUCCAGUCACUGAUUGGUCAGUUCGGCAGCUGUCGGACAGAGACGACUCUGAGAAGUCAGCGCCACCUAAUGCACAAUCUCCUUUGGAGAGUUCUCCCAGUAAAGAACCAAUACGAUCAUACAGUCAAGAUGGAGGCAGCAGAGCUCAUGAUAAGACUGACAGCAAAUCUAAUGUCAGUGAGGUGAUGCCCACUAUUGAAAAGCUUCUGAAUACGGACUGGAAAGAAAAGUUCCUUGCGAAGGGUAUUCAGGGCAGUGUCAACCUAAAAGGAACCCCAGAGAGUCUGGCAGAGAAGGAGCUUCAGUUGUUGUUGAUGAUAAACCAGCUCUCUGGUCUGCGAGAGCAGCUGCUAGGAGCUCAUUCUGAGCAAAGGAACAUGGCCGCUCUGCUGCUGGAGAAACAGCAGCAACAGAUGGAACUGGCAAGGCAGCAGCAAGAACAGAUCGCCAAACAGCAGCAGCAGUUGAUACAGCAGCAACAUAAAAUCAACUUACUGCAGCAGCAAAUUCAGCAGGUGAACAUGCCGUAUGUUAUGAUCCCUGCCUUUCAUCCCAACGCCCAACCGUUGCCCGUCACCUCUGAGGCACAGAUGGGAUUGCCUCGGCAUCCCAUACACUGCAAACCAGUGGAAUAUCCCUUGCCGUUGCUGCCUAAUCCACACUCCACCCCAGUCAAAAGGUCCAGUGGUACAGUCUUUCGCCAGGAUUCCAGUCAACCUCUCAACCUCACGGCUAAACCCAAGACCCCAAGUCCCCAGGCACUGGAAAUGGCCCACUUACAAGCAGGGUACCGAGCCAGAGAUCUGACCCAUAGCCCUACUCGAUCUGCACUCAGCCUGAGCUUCUUGGGAGAGGGUGAUGUUGUGACACAAGCCAUUCAUGAUGCCCAGCAGCUGUUGCGUGGAGGACAAGGCCCGACGGGCCGAGAGAGGGACCGUGAGAGGGACAACAACACAAGGCUGGAGGCAUCUCGAGAGCGGAUGGAUGAUGGACAGUCCCUGCGGAUGAAUGAGGACCGCCUCAGCUGUGACACUGAGGGGCAGAUGGCAGCCUCUGGUGUGGGAAGCUUUGGUGAAUCCCGGACUCCCUCCUCUGGCCACAUCAAACGUCCCAUGAACGCCUUUAUGGUGUGGGCCAAAGACGAAAGACGGCGUAUCCUGCAGGCGUUCCCUGACAUGCACAACUCUAGUAUCAGCAAGAUCCUCGGUUCCCGAUGGAAGACGAUGUCCAAUCAGGAGAAGCAGCCGUACUACGAAGAGCAGGCCAGAUUGAGUCGGCAGCACCUGGAACGUUAUCCAGACUACAAAUACAAACCCCGGCCGAAGCGGACCUGUAUCGUAGAGGGCAGACGACUGCGGGUCGGAGAGUACAAGGCCAUGAUGAAGAGUCGACGACAGGAGCAACGGGUAACUUACCCUCCAAGCCAAUCAGAGCAGCAGCUACCGUACCCUCCCAGUGAAGGACAGUACUCGACCACGCCGGUGUCACUGGCCCCAUUGCCCUUGCACCCUGCCCUCCUGGAGCACUACCUUCCCCGGGGUCUGGAGCCCAUGAAAGGCCAAGGGAGUGAGAUGCGGGAGGCCACGCGGCCCAGACAGCCCUACAGUGAAGGGGAGGAGAGUGAUGUGGGUGAACGCAGUGAGGGAGAGCUGGUUGUCCUCACUGACUGAGACAGAAGGACGAAAGGAUUGGAGGACAGAAAGGGCGGAAAACGUGAAAAAGGGGGAGUGAGAUGGAGAAAAUAACUGGGAGAUUUUGCAGUCUCUGUGUACAACAUGAUGGUGUCCAAUAAAUGGUAUAGGUCAGUGUUUUCCAGUCCAGUUGUGAGGCUGUUCUGGUUGCAAACUGGGUUGGUUAGGAAGGCAGCAGACAUAAAUGAAGCAUAGAUCUUCAUUUUUCAGAUUUUUCCAGUGGUGUAAGCCUAGACAGGAUAGGUCUUACAUACUGACCACAGCUUGGAAAAAGCAAGACUUUUUCAAUCUACAAUAUUCAUUGUGAGACUGCAUAUCUCGAGAGUUUUGAAGGCACUGUGAAGCUGGUGUGCAAGAAUUGUUUAACAACUCAAACGUCACUGCACAUAUUAUGAAGUAAAUGUCAUCUGCGAAGUGCAUUAGAAAUUGCACAAGAAUCGGCUUUUCUAGAUGGGGUACAGAUUAAAUAUAUUACCUUUUGGCGUACCUGAAAAAGUUCCACAUUUGACAUCAUGUCAAAUGAUUGGCAGUAAUAGGAAGCAACUGUUCAUCCGAAAAUGGAAAGGAGAUUAGGGUGAGUAAACAAUGAAAAAAAAAAAAUUUUUUUUGAAGAACUAUUUCUUUAAAAAGUCAGUGCACUGAGAGCUCUGAAUCAUUUUGCCAUAAAAAAAGCCUCUGUGUAUUAUAAUGCUUCUUGAUGUCACCAGGGUUUUCCUGCAAAAGUUCCUGUUAAGACUGUGCCAAGGUACUUUCCAGAGCUCAAGGGCUGAGCAAAAAAAAAAGAAAACAAGUUAACAAGGAAAAAGGAAGGAACAUUCCUGAGCUCCUUGUCCAGUUUAUUAUAUCAGAUAAUGACUAUUAGAGGCUGUUCUGUAAGGAGAUUUAAGCAGCCUGCCCCUUUGAAGAUUUGCUAAAGGCAGAGAAGACUGUAGUCUUACUUCGGGUUGGUGGCGUCCUCUGCUGUUUGAAUCUGGGUACUGCACUUAAAACAUUUCCCCAGAUUAAAGUCAUGUUUUUGUUUCUUUUGAUUUAGUGCAAAAUAAUCACUUGAAAUGCACUUUUCCCAUCUAAUAUAUUUUUUUCAGACCCUCAUGAUUCAGAACAAUUUUUUUUUUUUCAGAGUAGAAUUUUGCACUUGAUGUACAUAUGCAAAUCAUUUCUACUAUCCAUUUUGUGAAACGAGAUGUGAAUAAUGCCAUUCGCUCAAAUUACACUCAUUUUUAACAUUUUGGUUUACUUUUCUAUUUUAGUGUGUGUGUGUGUGCGUGUUUGUAGAGUGAGCUUGUGCUGAAGAAAAUAACGGAGUUAUCAUUCCAGCAGUUCUUAUGACCGGGUCCAUAUUAUUGGGCUGCUAGUCAAUUUACAGUUGAGCUGAAAUGUAAACAUUUUGUUAAAAAUGAUAAACUUUUAUAUUUUAAUGAGAUUUUAGAAGAUAUUUGCCAGUGGACUGUUGUGAUAAAUCUAACACGUUAAAGGAAAUGAUGUCAUGUAUAUAGCUGGACACAGAAAUAUACGGUUUGUAUUUUAUCUGUAGAAUAAACCCGCGGGAGGAAAAGUAUGAUUCGCAACCUGGACAACUGUUGCAAAACCAGCUGUUGUAAAAUAUAGAGAUAGACUUUAUUUUGUUUAUAAAAGCGUAUAAUUUAAAGGUGUACAUGUUUUUUUUUCCCCUGUAUGUUGCAUUUUAUCAAGCAAGUUUUGUGGUUUGUUUUUGAAGCAUAAAUAAAAAUGUUACGU